CUGUCAUCAUGUACUUGCCAUGCACCACAAAACCAACUCUGAAUCUGAUACAUGUGGUCGCAAAAGGCCAUUCGGUCUUUAAUUUAAAUAUGUUUUUAUUUGUAGACAGGAUUAUGAGGCAUUGUUUCCAUGGCAAUGGUGAGUUCACAGGCUGACGUUCAGAUCAGAGCAGAACACUUGGCAUAAAAAAGUUCCCUUCUUUGUAAAUAUUCAGUUUCAGAUGAAGAGAGUGAGGAGUAGGUGUGUCCUGCUUGGUGUCCCCUCCCUUUCUGUUGCAGAGUUAUAGAAGGUGCAGGAGCUGCCUGCAGCAUCUACAGCACCAGUCCAGAGACCUACACUCAUCCUGAGAUCCACCAGCCCAGAAAGAUCAUCCAGCUUCUUUUCUUAAGCUGGGUUAGGGUGAAGGUUUGGACCAUCAACCAAAUCCAGACAAGUGUCUCCAGCGUUCCGAUUCUCACUCAUCCUUGUUCUGAUCACAGCCCAUUGUUACACCUGAAACUGAUGAGGAUGCAGCAGCACAGCGUUCUGCUCCUUUUCCUCAUGGCUUUCAUAACUGGGAUAGCUUUAUCUCUUCCUCAAACUUCCUACAGGAGCAGAGUGAGACGUCAUAACAUGAAGGUCCGUAUCAGUGCCACACGAGACACCAUUGUGAUGAAGUUUCUGCAGCCUGAUGGUGACACCAAGCUAGAAGGGUACAUCAUGGGCUAUGGCAGCAGCAUGUUCUCCAAGCAGUUCAUCCAGCUUCCUGAGAAUGGACAGCCAUACGAGACAGAGUUUGAGGCUGAACCCAAGUACCUCAUAGCUGUCCAGCCUGUUCCAUCUAAUGAAGUGAAAAAGCAUUGCAAAGGUAAAGUAGAAUUGGAGAAGCCGCUGCACCUUGUAAUUGGGUCGGUGUCACCCACUUCAGUGCUGCUGUCCUGGGGAACACUGCUGAAAACUCCUUAUGAAGGGAAUAUUAUGAAUGACUGUCUAGAAGAUGGACACUACACGGUUCGCUACCGUGAGAAGAACAGGAAGUGGAAAUACCAGACCUGCCCAACAAGUGAUACGGUCAUUGACAACCUGAAGCCAAACUCAGUCUAUGAAUUUGGUGUCCAGCCUAAUUCUAAAGAUGGCACUGGAAAAUGGAGCAAGCCGGUCGUUCACAACGUCAGUGUAUCAGGCAUCCAGGAGAAGGUCAUCAGAAAAAUCGUCAAGCGUCCCGUCAAUACCCCUCCAAAACCCUUUGCUCCUGGUCCUCGUCCCUUUCCGUUUCCUCCUCAACACGCUCCUCAAAACAGGACCCAGGGCAGAGAGCCCUUCUCCCAGAACACAAUUCCACAAACAACUCCUGCUUCUACCACAACUGCUAGACAGGAAUUUCCUUCAACAGUUGGGCCCAAACUGCCUUUGAUCAAGAAACAGCCAAUCGACAUUCCUCAAGCUCCAAAGCUCCACCCACAAGUACUUGCUACAGUCACCACAGUAUCUGAGCCUGUACACCAUUCUAAACCGGAAAAACAUGGAGAGCUUCCAAAACAAAAGCUCCAAUCUCAACCCAAUACACAAACUCACCCAAAUUUUAAGCACCAACAGCAAUAUCAACCAAUUGAGCCAAACCCCAAUCUCCUACAUCCAACAAAUCCAUACACUGAAAGUACAUCAGAACUGUUAACAACAUCCCAUCCAGAAAUCAGGACCAACUUACAACUUCAAGGAAAAAAACAGUCUUUACUGCAAACCUUCCCUCUGUCACAACCUAAACAAGAGCUAUAUUCCCAAUCAGUUCAUCAGACCACACCACAACCUCUAUCUGAAUCUAAGCUUCAAUCAAGGCCAGAGUCCAAACACCAAACUUUACCUCCAACAAUACUGCAUCAUAAGACCCAGAACAAGCAUCAGGCACAAUUUCAACCAGCUUCUCAGCCAGCUCUAAUGGUGAAUAGUGAAACCACACAGUCAACUCCUUCCACCCAGGAAACACCACCAAAGAUUGAAAUCUACCCCUUAAUUCAACCAGAAACUCAUUUAAUCAGGCCUCAAAUCCAACCCCAAGUAAAGACACCAAAAACAAAGCCAACCCAACUAGCAGAUUUACCAAAGAUAGCCAAUUCCCAAUCCAAGCCCUCAACUAAGUCUAAACGUAAGAAACCCCACCAAACUAAGAAACAACCAAAUCCCAUGAAAAGGCCUAAAGAUUUAAACUUACAAGGUCUGACAAACAAUCCACCCAAUCCAAACAAUCCAGAACCUACACUAAACAUCGCAUUCCAACCCAAACAUCUGCCAAAGGAGAAUCCUGGAUAUGGGGUACAUCCAAAAUCUGAACUAGGAGUUCAGUCAAAGCCUCAGACCAGGACUGACCAUUUCAAGGGUACUCCAAAGAAGGCAAUACAUAAGGCUCCUAGUCUUCCAGAGGGGGGCAAACCUUUACCAAGACCUCCCUUGGCCACAGAGAAGGCUGGUAGUAACAAUGAUGGUUCUGGGAUCAUUAAAUCAUCUGUUGAUGAAGUUCCGCAUUCACCUGUUAGCUCAUCAGUUUCGACAGGAGGAAGAAACGUCACAGUGCCCCACACACGGAUUCCAUCUCAUUCCAUGUAUAAGGGUGGGAGACCAUUCUCCCAGUCCAAGACCUCAUCCAUACCCGAUGCGAAUGGGGCACAUCAUAGGGGCAAUUCCCUUUCUAAACCUGGGGUGUGGUCAGGAGAAAAACCUGUUCUGCACCCACAUGCCCCUGAAAACAAGAGACCAAACCUGGUGGGGGAAUCCAGUGAUCACGAUAAACCCAUGGACCUGAAACAAGGAGAGAAAGAGUCCAUCUUGAAGUCUCUCCCUCCAGUCACUGCAAUUCCAACGCAAGAGCGAAGACCACAGACGACCACAAUGGUCCCUGCAGUAAACAGCACCCGCUUUGACAUGAAUGAAAACGCCUCCAUUUUCAGGUCCCUGCCGUCAUCAGAGGUAGACAUUAUGGGGAAAAAACGCUUUGUUGCAUCUCAUGUCAUCUACAAAACGGAUAAAAAGCCAGAUGAGCCAUGCUCCAUCACCUCCUCCAUGGCUUACUUCCCUAAUGAGGAAGGCAGUGAUCAGAAUGUGACCAGUCCUCCUCGGACGGCGCCAUCCAACGUCACGGUGGUUACCGUGGAGGGCUGCCCGUCCUUCGUCAUUCUUGACUGGGACAAAUCGGAUAAUGAAACCAGAGAGUAUGAAGUUGUGUCCACCACCACCGGACCACAUGGAAAAGCGGUGUCUAUACUGACGACCAACCAGACGCACACAACGGUGGAGAAUCUCACACCAGAGAGCAGCUAUGAGUUUAAAGUCACACCAAAGAACGAGCUGGGAACCGGGCCCUCCAGUGAGCCUGUGACCUUUAGCACAGAAUCUGCGGAUCCCCGUGUAAGCGAGCACGCCUCAGGCAAAGACGCCAUCUGGACUCAGUUUCCAUUCAAAUCCGACGCCUACUCUGAAUGCAAUGGAAAGCAAUAUGUAAAGAGGACUUGGUACCGAAAAUUUGUGGGCAUCCAGCUCUGCAAUUCCCUGAGAUACAAGAUCUACCUUAGUGACUCACUCACUGGUAAGUUUUACAACAUUGGAGACCAGACGGGGUUCGGCGAAGACCACUGUCAGUUCGUGGACUCCUUCCUGGAUGGCAAAACUGGCGCCAGGAUGCUGGCUGACCAGCUACAAAGCAGACAAGGUUUCUUCAGAGCAUUGAGACAAGAACCUGUCCACUUUGGGGAGAUUGGAGGAAAAUCUCAUGCUACCUACGUAGGCUGGUAUGAGUGUGGCACACCCAUACCUGGUAAGUGGUAAGAAGACCAUCCAGGAGGAAGACCUUCUCUAAAGAGGAGAAGAGGUGCCUGGUUAGGCCAAAUGGGACUUGAGCUGAUCUUCACGGCAGACGGCUGUCAGGUCAAAGCCCCCCAACUCUCCAGAUGUGAACUGUUGUGUGUCUCUGAAGCCUUGAGCACAUUUUCAACAACGUAACUUUUUCUAUUUAUCAGUACAUGUCAGAAGAGAUUAAAAAAAGGACAGGAUCUGAACAAAAAAAAAGAAGAAAAUAAUCUACAUUAAUUUCAGAGAUAAUGUUGGGAAGCUGGCUCCCCGUAAAAUCUUGUAUGAUAAUAUUUAUCAGGGGAACAUUAAUUAAUAUUCUGUGUGUGGUCAUAUGUUUGAAGAGUGGAAGUCUAAAAAUGUCGUCCAUCAGAGUGCACACUUUGGUGGUUUGUAGGCAAAAUAGUACCGACCAUAGUUCAUUGGUACAUGUUAACUUUGUACAGUAAAACCACACGAGGACAUGCGGAAAUAAACUUCUUCAAAGUCUGAGGAGAUUAUUAGCAGUUGCAAUUUGCACAGUAUUAAAUGUGUGUUCCUAUUUGUAUAUGGUGUAAAAAUGAUGCAUUUUUCAUGAAGACAGUUUAAUACAUUUCAAGUAGCAAAUAAAACAUCUGAAAUAUGAGCAGUCCAAAUAUUAAAGCUAACAUUUAUGGAUUUUAUAACAUCCAGAGAAAAAUACACGUGUAUAUCUUCCUGUAUGAACCUGUUUUAACUAUAGAAAUUACAAUUUUCUUUAUUAACUCUGCAAAGUGUAAAUAGAAACUUUUAAUCAAUGCAAGUUCCUCCUAAAUGUUUUUCACGGCUAAGUUUUCCUAAAUAAAUAUUUUUUUUGAUAUUUAUAGAAUUUCACUUGUCCUCAUAUGAAUUUCAGGAUGGGACAGUUUGGAGGAUUACUUUUGCUUCUCAUCAGUAAUCUAAUAUUUACUGCAAAAAUUGCACACGCACCUACAUUUGCAGAAUGAGAUUGUUGCAUUUUUUAAUGUUAGAACAAAAGUCUCAGAAUUACCCAAAUUGUACUUUUGACAAUUAUGAGACAAAUAUUCCCCCAUACAGUUUACCUUCUCUCUCCUUAUGCUGAGUGAACACAGGUAGGAACAUCUAGGGGUGCAUUGAUUGAUUAGCUAAUGACCAGAAUCGGUUGAUUUCCAGCUUGACCAACGACCAGAAAUUCUCGUACUCAAAAUUAUGUUUUCUUUUGUCUGAGAAUGCACCAUCACUAAGAAAAACUUCUAGAGAGUGUGACAGGGUGAGCAUCCUGUCACUGUUUCCCAAUUGAUCAUGUGCCCUGGCUACUUGGCCACAGGAGUAUCCCUUUGGCUGACUGGUUGGCGCGUGUGGCUCUCACCUGGGAGUCUGGAGAUCAAAGCCCGCCCGGGCCCUCAUUUCUCCACCUUGUCCCAUUAGCAAUAACCCAUACUCAAAGUGGAAGGUGUUCUUGAGUGACAUAAAAUCAGAUGUGUGUUUGUAAAGUGUUAAAACUAAACAGGAGGCCACUUGUAAGUGUAUGAAUCUAAAACCAUUCUAGAUUAUCUAUGGAGGCUUGGCUGCUGCAUGAGCAGCUGUCCUUAUUAAAUAAUGACAUGUUCACUUGGUGUCCUUUUAUCUUUCUGGGAAAACAGGGAGUUUUCCAUAAUUUUGAUGUGCGUUUCUCAUGGUGAUGCACCAAAAAACUGACUGUUGACAAAAAUUGGUCAGUAGUCGGCAUGAUCAGUUUAAUCUGUGAUCGACUGCUCUGAAAUCCAAAUAUAUAGUUUGUUUUAUAAUUUGUUUGUUUCUCCAGACUGUAAAGUUAAAAGUUAAAGUCCCAUUAGUUGUCACACACACAGGUGUGUGUGCAAAAUUUAUUCUCCGCAUUUGACCCAUCCCCUGGGGGAGCGGUGAGCUGCAGACACAGCCACGCUCGGGAACCAUUUGGUGGUUUAACCCCCCAAUCCAACCCCGUAAUGCUGAGUGUCAAGCAGGGAGGCAUUGGGUCCCAUUUUUUCAAAGUCUUUGGUAUGACCUGACCAGGGGUCGAGCCCCUAAUCUCCCAGUCUCAGGGCGGACACUCUACCACUAGGCCACAGAGAAAGGCCCCAGUGAGUAGUGACAGAUGGUUGCCCACUUUGUCCAAAGUCAAUUUAUGUCCCCUGCACUUUUUACCAUCCAAAAACAAUAUUACGCUACAUUAAAUAGACACUGGUAGAGCUCUAAAACCAAGAAACACAACCGCUUGUGUUGAAGCAUUAGAACCGUCCAUAAGCUCAUUGGCUCUGCGGAUACUUGCUAACGUGUGAUUGGCUGUUCCGGCCACCUGUGUAGACAGUUUUGCAUUCUUGACAUUGCAUAGAAGAGCCUCUAGGCCGUAGUUUUAUAAAUAUUGUUUGUAUACGUACUGUAAAUAUACAAAUGAGCCGUGGUGCCUUAUUACAAAUCAGGAUGACUAAAUUACAUUUAUGCUGCAGAAUUAAUAAACGUAUCACGCAAAAAUGACACGUGACUACAUUAAUUAUAUACAAUAACAUGAAUGUCUUUCAGACAGCAGCAGUACACUUUGAUAUGUUGAACUAGCCGUUAGUAAAAACUGGUUUAAAAAAAGUUAACUUGCAAAGAAAGACUUCAAAAGGCUGAAGGUAAUCAAUCUGCUUUACAAAUGAAAUACUGCAAUUAUUUUUCUUCAUUUGUGCAGCAAGGCCUGCGCUGUUUACCACCUUCAUCCUAAGGGACUUCAGCAGUUAAAAGGAACAUUUAAGACAUCAGUAUUAACACGUUUCCCCAGUGUGCAAUAGGUGAACCAACACAGAAAAAUUAUGCAGUUACAUGAACCAAAUGGAAUAAAUCUCUCACCAACCACUCAUAAUGAAGCCUAUUCACAGUAGAGAAACACUUAUGCUGCUCUGCCUCUCUACAUGAUCAUUAAUCACCAUGUAUGCUUAGCCAGUUUGACAUGGUUGAUCUACCACAUACUCCUAUGCUACAUAUCCUGGCCAACCACAACCCACAGUCAGGAAAAUAAACCAGGAAUACCAGCAUUACCGCAGUUUUCCAGAUCUGGGUGGAGAAGAAGAAGAGCCCAGCCAAACCUAACAGACAUGAAGUCACAAACCGCAGGGAAACGGCAGGGCAAUGAUUAUUUAAUAAAAGCAGCAACAUUUAAAAAUACAGAACUACACGUGGGUUCCAAUCAUUUAUUAGGUUCAAGAAAAAAAAAGUUAACAUUUAUACAUACCUAAACUCGUCUGAGUGGAAUUAGAUUUGAUAUAUUAGUAAAAACCAGUGAUAAGAUAAAGAAAGGAAAAACAGGCGAUACUGGAGGGAAAAAAAAACGAGAGCUUUAGGACUACACCUCCCAGUAGUCAUCACUUAGCUAGUGUUCCCAACAUGGGGCAGUUUCACUCAAUACCAACAUGGUGGUGAUCAAAUAAAGAAACAUCUAAACAAGAACGUUAAAAUUAAUGGACAACUUUUCAUUGUGGUAGUGUUUAGCAGCUCCAGAGCUAACUCACAGCUGCUGGAGACUCGAGGCAAAUGCUGAUCUCACUCGUUAAAUAACACCUUGCAAUGAAAAGGACAGUGAAGGGUUUGUGCAACAGCCUGCGGUUGUUUACCAGGUGUGUGUGUGUGUGUGGACAGACUGGACCUAGUUGCACCGACAGACACAAGAGGGCAAAGCAGCCAGAGAAAAGUAAGACACAGAGUUAACACCAGGACCAGGACAAAGUGAUGUGCUGGACACAGACACUAACCAUCAGACCAGGGGGGGUUGGUUUCAGAUUUGAUAAUUGGUGGGCUGCAGGUUUCUGCUCCCAUUGCAAACAGCUAGAGCCACAUGAGGGGAGGGGGUUGGAUUCAGGGACAUGUGAGCAUCACUAACAUUUCUUAUCUUCAAUUACCGGUAUCCAGGACCUGGCUGGGCGUAACCCUGCCCAUAAGGGGGGCGAUUACGGGCGUAGGGAUUAGCAGCUCCAGGUGGAGGAGUGCCAGGGUUGCCUGGAGGUGGGGUGAACCCUGGACGGGUUUGAUACCCCGAGCCAGGCUGGGAGCUUGGUGGUAUGGUGUAGUUAGCAGGCUGGGAAGCCUGGGAGGAAUAGUUUUGCGCAGGGAAGGCUCCUGGUGGAUACUGCUGAGCCCCCUGAGAUGGAUGGGUCUGCUGCUGCUGCUGCUGCCCGCCCUGGAAGCUGGCAGUUGGGCCUGAACCAGCGCCUGGUGCCUGGGAGGUGGGUGGAGGGUAGUUCUGAAACUGCUGCUGAGGCUGUGGAGGGCCAGGUGGAGGAGCUCCAGGCUGAGAGCUGUAUCCUCCUGAAAAUCAAGAGAAGGUCUUGUUAAGAUGAAUCAACAACACAGCUGUGCCUGUUUUCCUAAAAGCAUAGCUUUCAUAUCAUACCAGCAUACUGCAUGCUGUACUGCUGCUGCGGAGGUGCACCUGGCUGCUGAGGUGGGUAUCCACCCUGGUACUGAUACACUUGACCUGAAAAGACAGGGAGAAACAUUAUUAGUGACCAGGUACGUCCAGCACCAUUUUACAUCUAUGACCUCAUUUAAAGGGCACCAUUACCAGAUGCAACAAAUCUACGCUUCUGCAGCUCGGUCCAUAAAUCUGAUUGGAAUAAGUGUGAUUUUUCCAGGGUUAUGUGAAAAUCCCCCUCAGUCCCACUCUACAGCCAAAAACUCCACAUGAAGUGCCGCCUUCGGUCCUUUAGUUGCAAUUAAAACCUGGUAUAAGGCAGCUAGCUGGCCAACAACUGUCCAUAAAAUAAUUCAACCAUUUAACAUAAAUCAUAUUUAUAGUCCACGGGCUGAGACUACACUUUUAUUGUCCCAGCUGCCUCUGCUCUGCGGACCUCUCUCAGAUAAUUCCAAUCACGAUCAAACGCUGGCUUUCCAGUGAAAUCUUGACCGUCUUUGGGAAUGUUUGAAUUCCUUCACUUCAAAAAGGCGUUUUACCAGUUAAGCAAAAUCAGAAACUGAUAAACAUCCUUUUGGACAUCCUGAAAACUUUUGGGUUGUCCCAUUUGUUUAGAGAUCCAACAGCAUCUGGUGAUUCUGCAUUCAGAUGGGCUGCAUAGCUUCAAACACCUGCUCAUCUGGACGGAAUAUCAGAUCUAGGCUUCAGUGAGAACAGCUGCAGCCUCUUUGGGACAACUCUGGUUGCAACACUAAGGUCUCUCACACGAGCCAUUCCCUGGCAGGUUGGAGGGAAAUUUGGCUUUGAGAUAAAACUUUACUCAGACUUUAGACAACUUGAGAGAGCAGCAACUUCUCAUUGGCUCAGAUGUUUUGUGUUGGCCACUUUAUUAGAUACACCUCUUCAUUAGUAGUUGUUUUUUUUUUCAAAGAAAAGUAUCUAACAUGGCAGCACCUCAGUGCAUUUAGGCAUCUAGAAAUAGUGAAGAAGAAGCCUGGCAUGAACAUAUAGUCUGGCCAUGACCCAUAGACAGAGCUCAGUCCUAGGGCAGAAGCUAUGGCUGUUUUUCAAACCGUCUCCGCAAGCAGCCGGACAGUGAUGGGACCAAACAGAGCAACAAGCAAUGAAACAUGUUGAUCGCUAUGGAAACCAGUCAACGGGGCAGUCUGCCACACAUCGUCAAAGAAGAAGCAAAUACAUACUUUUUCUAAAUAAAGGACUCAAGUAUCUGCUCAAGUCUCAAAGACGAGUCAAAGUCUAAAUCGUCCAAAGUUGAUGCUAAAGCACUUUCAAACGAGUUGCCACCAUCUUUGAGGUUUUUCUCCAUUGCAUUGGUGGUGCUCAGCACGCCCUCUCUACAAACAGAUCGCUGUGAUCACCCAGACCCAAAACGGUUCGGUCCAAUGGUAGACCUGCUGGGCUACUAUGGAGCGUGGCUAGACCGACCUGCACAGUAAAGUCUGGUUUGUCCUAAUAUCUAGGCUAGUGAAGUCUGCUUGUAGGAUUUUAAAAUGAGCAUGAAAAUGAAGGUUUUUGUAAUUGUGAAUGUGGCAUGGUAUAAGAUAAACUAAAUGUUUCAGAAACCGCAGAUCUACUGGGAUGAUCGCCCACAAAAAGAAAUGGUCUGAAAAAGAUGUCAGCAGCCAGAGGAGAAAGAUGAUUGUGUAAUACUCAUGAGCUGUGUUAGUCAUCGUGGGAACAGUGUCCCUCUUUGCCACCUCACUUCCUCGGUCAUCUGUUUUCUGCUUUAACGUGAACCCUGUGGUCUUUACUGUGAAGGGAGGCAUGUGUGAAAUCGGUUUUCUCUCUUGUUCUAAUCAUCUGCAGUCCAUCAUGAAGACUGUUAUGUAGGAGGGAUGGAAAGAUGGCGGUUAGAAAUCUUAGGGCCUGGAUGGGAGUAGUCAAGGGUUCAGCAUCAGGAAAAACCAGUGUAUAAACACUAUUUUCACUAGAAGUGAAAGAGAAGCAGUUCACUUUAAUCCUCUGACAUCUUUGCAUGCCUCCACCAAAACAAGCAUUUCCCACCAAACACAAUUGCCCGUCUGAAAAAGAAGCCACAUGCAUUUUGUUUUCUUUCCUGCAGCGAUGUGAAUCAUUGCUACGGCUCACUCAUCCAUCAGGUCUUAUCUUUACCAUCUGCUUAUAAAUCCUGUCUGCAGCGUUCUUCUGGUAUUAAGAAACCUAAGCUUGUGUUGAAGGUAUGCUUCCGACCACACUGAAAAUGCCACACAUCUUGAAAUCUUAAAGGACUUGUAUCAUCAUCACAAAUUUACACCUUCCAGGGCAACAGUAGGCAGAAUAUAUGAUAAAAUACUACCGCUGGCACCAUUAAGAUGUCUUUUUAAUGAACUAUAAGUUAUUUUGAGAACCAUUACUUCAACCAGAAAAGAAGAUGCUUGGAUUAGAUCAAACCCUGCCUCUACUUGUGUGAGUUCCACAAUAGUUUACAGCUGCAGACCUGGAGACGGCAGAUUCACGCCGACCCCUCUGCUACUGGCUGUGGAUUAACAAGCCGUCUGUGAAAUCGUGGUCACACUCUGGCUCAGUUAUUGAGAGCUCCUGAAACUAAAAUCCAACCAUUUCUGCAGGAAGACAGGAAUCCUGUACCUCUUGGACAAAAAUCCAUUUUUGUAAUAUUUAAAAUGCAGACUAAAUAAAAAAGAAAUCCCUUAAUCACAACUGUGGAGUAUAAUCUCCCCAUGAGCUACACAGAGACGCUGGGCGUUAGUGUUUACAGUCCAGGGGAGGAAGGAUACAGAAUCGAGACUAUGUAAAUGGGGAGAAGUGGAAUUUAAUAACAACAUUGUUCCAUCCAGGCUUUUGCAAUAGCUUAGCAGAGUUUACCAGAUCUGAAGGGAAGAAGCAGCUGAGAUAGGAAAAAGCACGUGCUAAGCCAAAAAGCUGCUUUGUUUUUUUUUUAAAGUAAACAACAAGGUCAAAAGCUCUAGAAAAAGAAUUUUGGAUGACAUAGGACCUUUAUUAGAGCUGUCUAAACUGGCUUGGAGGACGUUACACUAACAGUGCAUCUAAAACAGAAGGUUAAAGAGGAGACUGUGCAGAGCUGAGUUUGUCUUUAAGCACCAACCAUCAGCAGCCUUGGAACCAAGAAGAGAAAUAUCAUGGACCAGAUGAGACAAACUUACCACAUUGGGCUUGGAAAUGUUUAACAACAAGAUAAGUCCAUAUCUCCAACCACAGCUAAUUUAAGAAGCGAAAGAAUGAAUCUUUGCUGGCCUCUUAUGGCAAAGUAAUUUACAGUCUAAACUUAGACGAGAGACUGAACAGAAACAAAUAAACCGGCUGCUUUCCUGAGAGGUUACAGUUAGCUUUUAUUUGAAAUGACUAAACUAAGUUAGCUGGUUAAGUUCUGUGAAUCAGACCAUCAACCUUUAAUGUGUCUUGUGUGACUCUGUUCAACAGAAGAAAAAACAACCCAGCAUAAGCGUGUAACAACGCCAACAAUAACAAACACGUUGGCCUUAGAUGUUGCACCUGUCUUUUCUCCAAACAUUAAAAAAAUGAGCUUUAAUUUUGAAAACAAACAAACAAAAACCCCAGAAUGGAAUCAUGUGAUUGGCAUGCAGGACUAUUUUCUUCUGUGGUGCACUUAAAAAUGUUUUUCCAACAGGCAGCCAGUGUUUUGUUCAUUUUUCAUUAUCAAGGCUUUAGCUUUGUCCAAACACCACGAUAAGGUUGCCUGAGAUUAAUUUCCUGUCAAAGAUUACACAGUUUAGAUUAGCUGGGGUCAUCACUCAUUCAACUAUUUCUUCAGACACAGAAUUUCAUCUAAAGUCCUCGAAAAGGAAACAAGCCCUCAGUGCAUGUAGAAAUGUGUAAAGAAUGACCUGCGCCGAAACGUUUCAAUUUCUCUCCAUUUGGUUUGUUCAAAUCCAAAUAUUGUUUUACUUCACAAAUCAGCACCAAAUAAAGUCAGUUAGGGAAAUAAACUUGGGUCUAAUAAUUAUGACAAAUAGUAAAUAACUGCAUGAAACUUUAAAAAUAGUCUCUAAAAAAGAACAAUGUAAAUAUAUUUUUUGCUUCUCCGAGAGGCUUUUUUGUUACUUUGUGCCUUAUAACCUUUAUUUACAUAUUUUUACUAUACUUUUACUUUAUUUUUUUAUUGUGAUAGUGUACAGCACCGUGGGCUACUACAAAGGUAGUGGAAGAUGCUAUAGAAAUAAAAUACUGAUGAAUAUUACCAACUUAUUUUCCCAUCUUUCAUAAUUUGACCACAAAUUUGAGUAAAAUGCUUCUCACCAUCCAUUCCAGCUGGGGGUCCCUGCUGCACUCCAGCAUAAGCAGCCUGUGGCUGAGGCGGCACUCCUGGCUGAGGUGCUGCAGAUGAGGAGGAAGCGAUGCUGUCAGGUGUUCCUGAGCGCUCGUCAGCUGCAACUGCUGGGACAGCUACUCAAAAAGCAGACACAUCAGGAAAAUCAUGCUUUACAUGAAAGGCUCCGACUUAUCUGCAUUUACACAAUGUGGAAUACCUGAAGCUUGGUCCUCACUUAGACCAAAAGAAGAAAUUACAUUCUUGUUGACCUCGUCCUGGUUCUUUAAUGGGUCAAAGGCCGACAUGCUGGCUGCGCUGACUGGAGGAGCCUGUUUAACUGUGGAGUCUGGAGCUGCAACUUUACCAUCGCGUCCAUCUACCGACUCUAAAAAUGCAUCAAGUUGAAGUAAACAUUCACUUAUAAAAGGGGGAAAUACACGCUUGCAUCAAUCACUUUGCUUUGAUUUUACUGUAUUUUAUUCAAGUAUCUCAAGUAUAAAGCUUUGAAUAUCAGUGCAAUCUGAAAAGAGCUCCUUCCUGAUGUCAUGCACAGCUGUGGGCAGGUUAGACCGCAAGCAAACCAGACAGAACUGGCCUGUUGCAAAAUCAGUGCUUUGAUUCAGGCAAAUAUUCUAUAAAAAUGGUACUUAAUUGUUCCAUCAGUGACCAACAAAUAUAAACUGUCUCACUUGGCUGUCAAAUAUAAAAAAAACAUGAUUUAAGGAGGUCAAAAUUUUCAUUUUAGUAAGAAUAAGAGCAAAACAGAAGCACAAAAGAAUAAUAAUAAAACCACACCCUCUUGCUGGACACAUGAAUGCUUUUAUUAAAACAACUGUACCCACAGGUGCAGAUGGAAUGACUGCAAUUUUAGAAGAAAUAAGGAAUAUCUUCAUAUGUUCAGAUACCAAGCAUGAACAGGUGCUUACCACUUUCUGGUGCCGUAGAAGUCAUACCAGGCUCUAAGGGGGGCUCCAGGCUGUCAAGGAGGUUGUUAACUUUAUUCCUGAGCUCUAUAAGCUCUCUGCGUAGGUACUUCACCUGACUGGAUUCCAAAGGCCGUGGCUGACCGUUCAC